GCUUGGCAGGCCCGCCCUGAGCCCGGGGACAGCUGCGAGAUCCGGGUCUCCCAGGAGGGCCAGGAGAUGCUGCUGACCUCUGCCUCCUUCCUCCCCUCAGCCUCCAUCCUCAGCUGCUGGAUCCAGCCAACGUCUGCUCAAGGUUUCACUGUUGUACCAGAUCCGGCCUAUGGGACAGAAGGUGGCAGCGUCACCCUGAAUAUCCAGGGGUACCCAGGGAGUACUUUGUCCUAUACUUGGUACUAUAAGUCAUCAGCUGAGGAUCCCACCCAGGUUGAGAUCGCCUACUACCAAGCUAGUACCGGAGAGCAGACACCAAACGAUAUCCGACAGAGAGUGCUCUCUAAUGGCUCCCUGUUCAUCCCAGACCUCAUCCUCAAUGACGCUAAAUACUACAUUGUACAGAUCGCGGAUUCCCUUGGAAAAGAAUUUCAAGGAGUCCAGCUGACUGUGUAUGAGAAACUGGCCAAACCCAAGAUUGCUGUCAAUAACACCAACAUCAUAGAGAAUGAAUCUUUAAUCUUUACAUGUGUCACAGAAAAUGUGGGGGCAAACAUUCGGUGGUUCUUCAAUGACCAGCCUCUGUCACUUGAUGAGAGGAUGAACACAUUGGAGAAUAAUCAGAUUCUCAUCAUUAAGGGUGUGAAGAGGGAAGAUGCUGGGUCCUAUCAAUGUGAAGCCUGGAAUCCAGCCAUUGCCAAUAGAAGUGAUGCCUUCACGCUGACUGUGAACUAUGGACCAGAGAAUAUUAGGAUUCCUCAGAGUCCUGAAAGUGGGGAUAUUGAGGUCCAAUUCAAUGACUCCCUGACUUUAGAGUGUCUGGCUCUGUCUUAUCCCCCUGCCCAGUAUGAAUGGCAUGUCAAUGAGAGUUCUAGUCCUGUACAUUCAGGAAGCACUUAUACCCUCAUGCCUGCAUCUUUGGAACAUUCAGGAAAGUAUACAUGUUGGGCAAGGAACAGGGUGACCAAGUUAUCAGUGUCUAAGGACAUCACCAUCAAGGUGGCUGCAUCUAAGUCUCCAGGAGGAAGCAAUGGUGCCACAGUCUCUGGUGGAGCUAUCACCGGCAUUGUGAUUGGAGUUCUAGCUGGAGUGGCUCUUCUUGGGGCUCUCAUCUAUGUCCUCAUCACCAAAAAUACUGGAGGGGACAAAAAAGACCACCCUCAAGAGAGACAGUCAGCACCAAGACGUGUAAUAAUCCUGGUAUCCUACCUGUUCAUCAUCAGGGCUAUCCUACAAAUCAAGUCAGUUGGAGGCAGAGCCAAGACCUUCUCCACUUGUGCUUCCCACCUCACAGCUGUGAUGCUCUUCUUUGGGACCCUCGUGUUUAUGUAUUGGCGCAGCAGUUCAGGGAAAUCACCUGAAGAGGAAAAGGUGGUAUCUGUCUUCUAUACUGUGGUUAUCCCCAUGUUGAACCCUAUUAUCUACAGCCUAAGGAACAAGGAGGUUAAUGCUGCCUUCAGAAAAGUCAUCAGUAGAUUCCAGGUCUCCCAGGAGAUGUAA